AUGUACGAGCAGGAGGGAAGUUGGGAUGUGUCUUUCGCAGGCUCGGGCUUCAUGGGGCUCUACCACGUGGGCGUGGUAUCCUGCCUGAGAGAGCGCGCCCCGCACUUCCUGAGCGGGGCGCGCCGCUUCUACGGCUCGUCGUCGGGUUCGCUGUGCUGCCUCGCCAUCAUCACCAACAUGUCCAUGGACCUCUGCUGUUCCAACCUCAUGGACGUGGUCAAGGAAAUCCAAAUGAAAAGCAUUGGCAUCUUCCACCCCUCCUAUGACCUCACUGACUUUAUGAAACAGCGCCUUGAGAAGUACCUUCCCGACAACGUCCACGAGCUGGCCUCCCAGAGGAUGGGCAUCUCCCUCACUCAGUGGCCAGCUGGAAAGAAUGUGAUUAUCACCCACUUUGCCACUAGAGAUGAGCUCAUCCAGGCAGUCAUUUGCAGCACAUAUUUCCCCUUCUACUGUGGUGUCAUCCCGCCUGAGUUUCAGGGAAACCGCUAUGUGGAUGGAGCUCUGAGUAACAAUAUCCCCUUCACUGACUCGAAGAGGACCAUCACCGUCUCCCCCUUCCAUGGGACCGUGGACAUCUGCCCGGAAAGCAGUUCUGCCAGCUUCCACGAGCUGAACCUCUGCAAUGCCAGCUUCCAGAUAUGCACCAGGAACUUCCAUUUUGGGGUGAUGAGCCUCAUCCCUCCAGAGCCCGAGGUGGUGGCAGAUGUUUGCAGACAAGGCUAUUUAGAUGCUCUGAGGUUCCUGGAAAGACGAGGUAUUACAAAGGAGGGAGUCAUCCCAAACUUGCCCUGUGGGGUGAUCUCAUCACCUAGCUCUGUAAUUUGGCCAGCCAGUAGUAAUGGAGGAAGAAAUGGUGGCAGUGAGGAAAAGGGAAAGUCAGGAGGAUCAUGUGCUAACUGGAGAGUGCCCAAUGUGUUGGUCAGAGAUAUAACAAAAUUUGAGCUCCUGUCUCCAGAACUUGAAGCAGCUUUGCUGAAGUCAUGUGAAAAACCCAGUGGAUUCUUUGCCCGAUUUUCCCGAUCAAUACCUGGCCAAGUGCUGACCUACGCACUCCUGCCCUGCACACUGCCUUUGGAGUAUGUGUACUUUAAGACUAAGAGGUUAAUAAGCUGGAUUCCAGAGGCCCCGGAAGAUAUCCGGUGGAUGCAUGAUGAACUCAAGAAGUUUGGCAGUUUUGUCUUCUCUGAAGUGAAAGACAGACUUCUGGGGUCAGUGUGGGAGCCAAGAGGUGACUUGAAGUGCAAGUUCAUCCAUGCAGAGCUGGAAGACACCUCAGAGACCAGGUUGCAGAGUCUGUCUUCCUCUGGUUCUUCUGGCUCGAUGCAGCCUCUCUCUCCCCAGCCAGACUUGUGGAACACUGAGGACUCCAAGAUGAACAUUUCCUUGGCAGAGAUUGUCCUUCCCCCCCAACCACUGAGGGCGUGAGCUGGCUGACAUGGUGGCAGGGCCUUUGGAGUCAUCGUCCUUCCUUCUUCAUCAGCUCCUACAGCCUUGGCCAGAGGACACCCAGAGUGGGGAGUGCCUAUCAGCCAGCCCUGGCUCCUAGGGGUGCUGUCUGUCUGGGCACUGGGCACAGUUCUCUUAUUGUGAGAUGCUCUGGAGUAUGCCUUCUGUUUAUUGGGCUUUCUGGGCCUAUGUCUGCCCUGGUUAGAGUUCCACAGAACUUGGAAGCUGAAAUGAGACUGAUCUGGUGCCUGGCACAUAGGAGGUGCUUAAUAAACAUGUGUGGAUUG